UAACUUGUAGGAUGCGACUCCAAAAAUCCGGACAUCUCGACCUUCGACAUCGACCACCUCACCACAGCACGAUGCCGCUUGUCGACAACGCGCAAAUUAAGCAGGCGAGCUUGCACUCGCCGCUGCCCUUGCAACUUCACGCAUACGUCUGGCCAUUCCUCGUCAUCUGGCCCAUCUUCCUCUCCUUUUAUCUCUCUGAAGAACGCUACGAAAAGCACAUCCAGUCGUCAGAAUGGACCUUCGUUUGGGUCGGCAGCAUUUGUACCAUCCAGGCUCUCACCUGGCUCUCCACUCACUGGAAUGUCAAUGUUAGAAGCGCAUUCACUACCUCGUCCGCACGCGACGUACGCACCGCCCAGCUUGUCAAAGUCCUCCCCGCCGCCAACGCCGGCGCCGCCGAAAUCUGCCCCUUGAUCCGCGAAACCGUUGAUGGGAAACAGACCAUCUCAUUCCUUUUCCAGAAACGCCGGUUUCUCUACGACCCGGAGAAUGGCUCCUUCGCCCCUCUUUCCUACCCUCUCGAUGCCGAUCCCAAGCCGAAGCUUCAGACAUUCCAGGAGACAAGAGGCUUGACGAGCCAGGCGGAGAUCGAGAAGCUACAGCAUCAUUAUGGAGACAACAGCUUUGAUAUCCCCGUGCCUACUUUUACGGAGUUGUUCAAGGACCACGCUGUUGCGCCGUUCUUCGUGUUUCAAGUCUUUUGUGUUGGCUUGUGGAUGUUGGACGAUUCUUGGUACUAUUCGCUGUUCACUCUCUUCAUGCUUGUCAUGUUUGAAAGUACGGUCGUUUGGCAGCGCCAGAGGACUUUGAAUGAGUUCCGUGGCAUGAGCAUCAAACCAUACGAAAUCCUUGUUUACCGACAGAAGAAGUGGCAAGAGAUUAUGAGCGACAAACUGUUGCCCGGCGAUGUUGUCAGCGUCGGCAGAACCAAGGAGGAUUCCGGUGCUGCUUGCGACAUGCUUCUUCUCGAAGGCUCUGCUAUUGUGAACGAGGCUAUGCUUUCUGGAGAGAGCACACCCAUGCUCAAAGAAUCUGUUCAAUUGCGUCCUGGUGACGCAACCAUCGAACCCGAAGGGCUUGACAAGAACGCGUUCCUCUACGGAGGAACCAAAGUUCUUCAAGUCUCCCAUGGAAACACAGCGCAAGACGAGAACGCCUCGGCCGCUAAGCUCCCCUCUAAUGUUCCACCGCCGCCGGACAAGGGUGCCAUCGCGGUUGUGAUGAAAACUGGAUUCGAGACCAGCCAGGGAAGCCUCGUCAGGACCAUGAUUUACUCUACCCAACCCGUCUCUGCAAACAACGUCGAGGCCUUGUUCUUUAUUCUCUUCCUCUGUGUUUUCGCCAUCGCCGCUUCCUGGUAUGUCUGGGUCAAGGGUGUGGAGCAGGAUCGCAAGCGCUCCAAGCUUAUGCUCGACUGCAUCUUGAUCGUCACCAGCGUCGUGCCACCGGAAUUGCCCAUGGAGCUGAGCUUGGCUGUCAACACCAGUCUUGCGGCCUUGAGCAAGUAUGCCAUCUUCUGUACCGAACCCUUCCGUAUUCCCUAUGCUGGACGCGUGGAUGUCGCCUGCUUCGAUAAGACUGGUACCCUGACUGGUGAGGAUCUCGUCGUGGACGGUAUCGCUGGACUUACGCUCGGACAACCUGGAGCUCAAGUUGGCCCCGAUGGAGCUCAUAUCGAUCUCAGCGCUGUCGACCAAGUCGGAACCGAGACUACUCUUGUCCUGGCCACUGCUCAUGCUCUUGUCAAGUUAGACGAAGGUGACAUCGUUGGUGAGCCCAUGGAAAAGGCCACCCUCACUUCGCUCGGUUGGUCUCUUGGUGCUUCGGACACUCUUCAACCAAAGACCAGCUCUGCCAAAUCACAUGCCGAGUUGGUACAGAUCCGCCGUCGCUUCCAGUUCUCAUCCGCCCUCAAGCGCCAAAGUUCCGUUGCCACUGUUCUUGUAAACGAUAAGAAGAGCAAGCGUAGGAUCAAGAGCACCUUCGUUGCUGUCAAGGGAGCCCCCGAAACGAUCCGUAAGAUGUUGGUCAAUGCCCCGCCAAACUACGAGGAAACGUUCAAGCACUACACCAGGAAUGGCGGCCGUGUCCUCGCUCUCGCCUACAAAUAUCUUUCCCAGGAAGCUGAAUUAGGAAUGGGCCGUAUCAACGACUUGAAGCGCGAGCAGGUGGAGUCCGAGCUUCAUUUUGCCGGAUUUCUUAUUCUCCAGUGCCCUCUCAAGGAUGAUGCUCUCCAGGCUGUCCGCAUGUUGAACGAGUCUAGCCAUCGUGUGGUCAUGAUCACUGGUGACAACCCGCUUACCGCCGUCCACGUCGCUAAACAAGUCGAGAUUGUCGAUCGUGAAUGCUUGAUCCUUGAUGCACCCGAGAACGAUGAUUCUGGCGAGAAGAUUGUCUGGCGCAGCGUUGACGACAAGGUUAAUGUUGCGGUUGACCCUAACCAAGAUCUGGACCUCAACCUCUUGAAGACCAACGACAUCUGCGUUACUGGAUACGCUCUCUCAAAGUUCUUCGGCAAGCCCAGCUUCAAGCAACUCCUCCGCUACACAUGGGUCUAUGCCCGAGUUUCGCCGAAGCAAAAAGAGGAUAUCCUCAUCGGUCUGAAGGAAUGCGGCUACACCACUCUUAUGUGCGGCGACGGAACAAACGACGUCGGCGCUCUCAAGCAGGCAGAUAUUGGUGUUGCGCUAUUGAACGGCACCCAAGAUGACCUCAACAAGAUUGGAGAGCAUUUCCGCAAUACCAAGAUGAAAGAAGUGUAUGAGAAGCAGGUUCAGCUCAUGAAACGAUUCAACCAGCCCGCGCCUCCGGUGCCGAUCGUUAUUGCCCAUCUCUAUCCCCCUGGCCCCAGCAACCCUCACUACGAGAAGGCUGUGGAGAACCAGGCAAAAGCCAAGGGCCUUGCUCCCCCAACCGCAAACGGUGCGGAUCCAGCGGCAACCAACACCGCAGUUGCUGAGAAGCAAACGCCCAAACAAGGUGCCGCUGGUCUCGCCGAUCAGUUCACUCAGAAGAUGAUGGAGUCUGAGCUCGCAGAAUUGGAUAGCGAGCCACCAACAAUCAAGCUUGGUGAUGCCUCAGUCGCCGCUCCGUUCACCUCUAAGCUGGCCAACGUCGUCGCCAUUCCCAACAUCAUCCGUCAAGGGCGAUGCACUCUUGUCGCAACGAUUCAGAUGUACAAGAUCUUGGCGCUCAACUGCUUGAUCUCGGCAUACAGUUUGUCCGUUCUCUACUUGGACGGCAUCAAAUUUGGUGAUGGCCAGCACACCAUAUCAGGAAUGAUGAUGAGCGUGUGUUUCUUGUCGAUUUCACGAGCCAAGCCUGUCGAAGCGCUCUCGAAAGAGCGACCCCAACAUAACAUCUUCAACUUGUACAUUAUCGGAUCUGUCCUCGGGCAAUUCGCUAUUCACAUCGUUACUCUCAUCUAUGUCUCCCAAUACGUCCAGCGCACCGAACCCAAGAAGUCUAUGAUCGACCUCGAAGGCGAUUUCGAGCCCUCCCUCCUCAACUCUGCCAUCUACCUCCUGCAGCUCAUCCAGCAAAUCUCGACCUUCUCCAUCAACUACCAAGGUCGUCCCUUCCGCGAGUCCAUCCGCGAGAACAAGGGUAUGUUCUGGGGUCUCGUCACCGUCAGUGGUGUUGCCUUUAGCUGCGCGACCGAGUUCAUCCCCGAGAUCAACGAGAAGCUCCGUCUCGUCCCCUUUACGUACGAUUUCAAAGUCAUGAUUACAAGCGUCAUGGUAUUCGACUACGUGUGCUGCUACGUCAUCGAGAAGGGGCUCAAGUUCCUCUUCUCCGACAACAAAGCCAAGGACAUCGCCAUAAGAAGGUACGAUCAGAUCAAGAAGGAGGAUGCAAGGAGGAUGGAGCGUGAGCGCAUCGAGCAGGAGAGGCGGAACGCAGAGAUUGAAGAGAGACGUGCCGCGAUCGAGGCCAAGGCUAGGGCGGCGGGCUGGAUCAAAUAG